GUUCUGCUGAAACCAGAUUGGUGUGGGGAUUUGAGGAGAAUUGAUUGCAAUGGCCUUAUUGACAUGGCUGCUGCUGCUGCUGCUGCUUCUGCCCCUACUUUUCCAUGUCGACACCGCAAAUGCCACCUCCCGCGUCAUACUUGGAACUGAAGCAGUCUUGGAUUCCGAAUCACGUCUACCUGCGACAGACUACACAGAUAUUGAUCAAUCGUUGUUCAUAUCAAAGUCCAAUUCCAAGGUACCACAAUUUUCAGCCGAGACUGCCACACCCAUCUCGUAUUCAAGUCAACGAUGUUGUUUUCCCAACACGAGAACACGAAGUCACGUAUUGUUCUACGAUAGAGACUGAGGGGAUUUCACCUGUGAAGGCUCCCAAGCCCAGCAAUGAGAAACGGCUAUUAAUUGGCUCUUCAGCCCCGGAGUGCGGCCACACAUGUGGGGCAUGCUCGCCUUGCAAAAUCCAAAUUGUGAGCUAUGAAUGCGAGGAAGAUUUUGGAUCGCACGCGGAAGCUUGUCCGUUGGGCUACUUGUGCCUCUGUCAUGGCAAAUCCUUUCCCAUCCCUUGACGGUCCACACGCAGCUCUAUGACUGUUUUCUAAACGGGCAGGCGUCGGAGGAUCUAAUUGAAGAAUGUAUCUGCUCCCUCAUUUUGUAAAUAUUCACAGAAGGUCAUGUGAUGAUAUCCUUUGAUUGCAGGGAUUAGCUGAAUAGAUCACAUUUGAAAGGCUCGGGAUAAUUUACAACCUUCGCAUCCACAAGCUGAAACAAUUGUAAUGGACAUGACUGAACUUUCCAUUCGACUUUGCAUGAACUAGGUAUCUAGUUUGAGAGAUCAUGACUUGGCAAUUGAAAGAGCCGGUGAGAGUUAUUCUGUUUAAUAAUAACGAGUUUCACAGGUUUCUACCCCGAAUAUGUAGUCCACGCCAUAUUGUAAUGGAACUGCAGAGUGAGAAUAUGAGUGUUAUGAAAGAACAUUGUUCAAAUAUUAUACACGGAGUCUAACAAAAGACCCCCAUUGCUCAA